GUGUCUUACGUUUGCAGGUAGGCUGGGUGAAGGAGCUCAUUUGCGCGCUGGCUUCAGAGCGACUUGCACUCUCACACAGACACACAGAUUGUGAAAGUCGGAGGGCAUCUCUGGGAAGCCGCUGAAGAACCCAGUCGCGUAGGGGGGACAGACCACAUACAGCCGCCAACAUGUGUGACAUGGGGGGACUGGAUAACCUGGUGGCCAACACGGCCUACCUGAAAGCCCAGGGUGGUGAUGACAAGGAGAUGAAAAAGCGCCGUCGCAGCUUGUCUCUCCCCAAGCCCGAACAAUGUACUGCAAUAAGAGCUUCGGUUGAAAAGGACUUUACAUCGCUUUGUGAAAGACAGCCUAUUGGCAAAAAGUUUUUCCGUGAGUUCCUGGCAAAUAACGCUGAAUUUAAGCUCGCUGCUGAUUUCUUGGAUGAGUUGUACGACUGGGAUCUGGCUGAAGGUCCAGCGAAAGAUAAAGCACGCCAAAACAUCAUCACCAAGUAUUGCAAAGCUGACUCCAAGAAUUUCCUGACCUUUCUCUCCGGGGAACCUGCUGAAAAAUGCAAGUCUGUCACAGAUGCCACCUUUGAUGAAGUGAUGAAAGGCAAGGUCCAGGAAGGUGUAAGAGAAUUUCUGAAAGGCAAACCCUUUACAGAUUACCAGGCAAGCCCAUUCUUUGAUAAAUUCCUCCAGUGGAAAGAGUAUGAGAAACAGCCCAUCAGUGACAAGUACUUCUAUGAGUUCAGGACUCUGGGAAAAGGAGGCUUUGGAGAGGUAUGUGCUGUUCAAGUCAAGAACACAGGCCAGAUGUAUGCCUGCAAGAAGUUGUGUAAAAAGCGACUGAAGAAAAAGGGAGGUGAGAAGAUGGCCCUGUUGGAGAAGCAGAUCUUAGAGAAGGUCAACAGCCUGUUUCUGGUCAACUUGGCCUACGCUUACGAUACCAAAACCCACCUGUGCCUUGUCAUGACCCUGAUGAAUGGAGGAGACCUCAAGUACCACAUUUACAACAUUGGCUAUGAUGGCAAAGGUGUGGACAAGGGCAUUGAAAUGAAGCGCAUCGUCCACUACACAGCUCAGAUCACCACUGGCAUUUUGCAUCUGCACGCCAUGGAUAUUGUAUAUCGUGAUAUGAAGCCGGAGAACGUGUUGCUGGACAGCUUUGGCCAGUGCCGACUUUCAGAUUUGGGUCUGGCCAUAGAGAUCGUUCCGGGGAAGACUGUCACCCAGAUGGCCGGUACUGGGGCCUACAUGGCCCCUGAGAUCCUCAGCAAAACCCCAUACAGGACAUCAGUGGACUGGUGGGCCCUGGGCUGCAGUAUCUAUGAGAUGGUGGCUGGCUACACACCUUUUAAAGGCCCCGAGAGUAAAAAGGAGAAGGUGGAGAAGGAGGAGGUGCAGCGCCGCAUCCUCAAUGAGGAACCAAAGUGGGAGCACAAGUGCUUUGAUGCACCCACCAAGGACGUCAUCCAGCAGUUCCUCAAGAAAAAAAUAGAGGAGCGCCUGGGCAUGAAGAAUGACAUGGAGGAUCCCAGGAAACACGAGUGGUUCAAGUCCAUCAACUUCCCCCGUCUGGAGGCAGGACUGGUGGAUCCCCCAUGGGUGCCCAAGCCCAACGUCGUCUACGCCAAGGACACUGGCGAUAUUGCAGAGUUCUCCGAGAUCAAGGGCAUCGAGUUUGACGCCAAGGACGACAAAUUCUUUAAGGAGUUCAGCACAGGUGCUGUGGCCAUUCAGUGGCAACAGGAGAUGAUCGAAACUGGGCUGUUCGACGAGCUCAAUGAUCCCAACAGGAAAGAAGGCGGAGGAGGUGGUGAUGACGAGAAGAAGUCUGGCACGUGUGUUCUGCUGUGAGCAAUCGCGCGUUUGCUAUCGUGUACCAGUAAUAACACUCAAUCAUUCGUUUUCUCAGUCACAAGCAAAAUAACGUUGAUGUAAAAUAAAGAAAUCAUGUUUCACGAGAGUCGAGCAUCUAAGUAGAGAAAGGUGCGCUGUCCCUCUCUUGUAAGGAUGCUCAGGGUUUAGAGAUCAGCUGCUCAUGAGGCAAAGUUGAAUAAAAUAUGAAGGAUGUGAUCCUUUGAACAUCUUCUGUGUGGUUCACAGCUUCUCUUGAAGAUAUGCGUACCUAAUGUUGUAGACUUGCACAAUGGCCAUAAAUGACUAGGCGUAAGCUUUACAGAGUAACACUAGUGUUAGAGGGGUAAGUGGGAGGUCUUUGUGCCAGGAAUACUGCAUUAGCUAACUGCCCAAGAAAUGAAUAUUCAAACACGAUGUGCAGUAUCACCUCCUGAAGAGACUUAGUUGCACUCAAGACCCCAGAUGCUGAAAUUGGUCUUCAAAACCUUGAAUUCUAUUGAAUUGUGUAAACACGUAAUUUUAUAGCACUUUCAUGCCCUAUAUCGAUCAUAAGCCCCCACUGUCUCUAGACUGAAAAGUGCUUUUUAUCCACACUUGGGGAUGAUGUAAAGUUUAAUUAAAUACUGUGACCCUAAACCUCACUAUGUGACAUCUAGCUGGUUAACCGUCCACACGAAGUUUAGUUGUAAAAAAACUAUAAAAAGCAAUUGUUGCAACUGUAUGUUUUGUAUAUAAAGAAAAUGAUCUAUAUCUAUGCACAGAGAGAAAGGGAAAAAUGUAAUAAGUCAUGUAAAAUGUAGGAGGAAUUUAAAGAAAAUGAAGAAUACCAAACGGCCCUUCACUGAGUCCCUCUACUGUUGGUGCUAUGAGGCUCAACUUAGUGAGAAAUGGAGACUCUAGACCGGGGAUAUUGGGGGACAGAUGCGUGCAGAGACAGCAGCUCAUUGCUGCAUGUGAAGGAGGAAAUUAUAGAGGAGUUGGGCAUUAAAGCUCCGAACCAGGAAUGUGUGCAUUGCUCUGUCCAUAGCCCUGAAAUACAAUGAUAAAUCAGGUCUCUUUUCUUAGUUUGGGAUGAGACAUGGGUUAGUUCAAAGAUAAUCCUUGUUACUCUUUAUUUGUCUCAGGUUAUUUAUUUGCUUUUAAAUGUCCAGAUCUUGGGCCGAGUUGUUUGAGUUUUUACAGGUUAUGUUAAUACGAAAUAUAUAUAUACAAUAAAUGUGCUUGUAAAUAUAAAAUGGGACAAAUUGCUCCAAUAGAAAUAUCAGAUGUGAUGCAGAAAUUUCCAUAAACACUGAAACCUUUGAAUAAAUGAAAAUGUCUUUUAAAA